CGUGUUGGUUUCUUCUUCUUGUUAUGCAUUCUUUGAUCUCUCAACUUCCUUUGAAGCUGUAAUGAAGUUGGCUUCUUCCAGGACGCUUCGCCCACAGGAGUGCCUUCUACAGUAUCAAGGCUGAUACAGCCCGCUUACGACCUGCGGCAAUGCCAAUUGAUGUUCCCAGAGGCGUUCCCCACUAUCCCCACGGCUCAAUCGGUCAAAACGGCGCAAACUAACAGCCUGUAUGCUGGCUGGAACGUCUCCGUCUCGAAUCUAUUCCUUGCAAACGGAAAACGUGAUCCCUGGUUGUAUGCGACGGUGUCUGCGCCUGGUUUGAAUAAGAAGAGCACAUCUAAGCUGCCUAUCGUGAUGGGAGAAGGAUUCCACUGCGGGGAUCUUUCCACCGCCGAGGCCGUCGCCAACCCCAGUGUUCGUGCUGUCCAGAAGGCUGGUCUUGCCGCCAUCAAAGACUGGAUCGAGGACUGGGAGCCUAGUGAGACCGAUUGAAUCAUCGAACAAAGUCUUUCCCUGUCCAUAAGACAACUCACCUCUUUCUGAAUUGUAACCCAUGGCAUGCUGCUAUAGUUCCAUUACGCUGUUGUCCGUCCUGCACUUCAUACUAUGAUUCUUUUGUCCGUUU